AUGCAGAUUACUACCGGUCUUUUCGCAGCCCUCGCAGCCACCACUGCUCUGGCAGUCCCGGUCACGGACGCCGGCCUGGCCACCAGAGCCGCCGCUCCGCAGUGGACCAUUGUCGGCAUGAAGCGCGUUUGCGAUACUGCCGAUACCACUUGCACCUGGUCAUUCUCCAUUGACACUCACCUGUCCCCGGCCACGGCCUGCACUUUUACGGUCAAGGGCAAGCCUGCAAGUCAGACGUCGGGAACCGGUGCCAAUUGUGGCGUCUAUACAGUCACCAGUGGAUGGAGCGGACAAUUCGGGCCCGGCAAUGGCUUCACCACCCUCUCAGUGGUUGACAAUACUCAAAAGAAGAUUGUGUGGCCGGCCUAUACCGACAAGCAGCUUGCUGGAGGCGCCGUCGUCACUCCGGACCAGAGCUAUCCCGUCACCUCUCUGUGA